UUUCAAUUUGUGAAACUUUCUUCCCCUUCUUCCUUAUUGUGUUUCUUUCGGUGAGUCCAUUCAAAAUUAUCAGAGGACGAUUAUGCGACUACGACACACUCUCAAGUCUCUCAAGUCUCUGAACCCUCUUUGCUUUCCUUCCACAGAGAGAUAAACAAUCAAUCAAUCAAGCAAAUUGCACGAAAUACUCUCAAGAACCACGUUUGAGACUUAGGAUAGUAGAUAGUUUGAGUUCAAAAAGCUACUGGUGGGAAUAUCUCCGCCCACCCCACCCCCCCCCACGGCGAAGAUACAAUCAGCGGUUGUUGAAGCGUAGUCUUUGGGAACCAUGGCAUCUCAUGUAGGUACUACUAAUUCGGAACCUCCAAAAAAUGAGCAAAUAAUCACUGAAUUCUUUGCGAAAAGCCUGCAUAUAAUACUUGAAUCAAGGUGCCCAUAUGUCUCAUCUCGGAAUUAUAGUGGUGAACAAGGGCUGUCAUCUCCCUCAUCGUCUUCAUCCUCCUCAUCGAGUUUUAGGCCAAGGGAUAAAUGGUUUAAUCUAGCGUUGAAGGAAUGUCCUGAUGCUCUUGAGAAUAUUGAUUUUUGGAGGCAGAGUUAUACUGAGCCAAUGGUGGUUGAUGUGGUGUUGUUAUGCAGAUCAAACAAUUGGAAUCUAUUGAAUUGUUCGCCAAAAAGAGCAGUUGCUAGGAACUUGUCAUUGAAAGAGAGGUGUUACGGGAGUUCAGAGAAUGAUGAUUCUCGGAAUGAAGUUGAAAGGGAGAAGAUCAUCGAGAGAUGGGUUUUACAGUAUGAGAGUAGGAAGGGCAGUCAUGUUGGUGUUGGCAAGACUGGGAAGAAGCGGUCGGGCAGUACUACUUCACAUAUUUUAUACAAGAAGUCCAUACUACUGCUGAGGUCUUUAUAUGCAACUGUUAGGCUUUUGCCUGCAUAUAAGCUUUUCCGAGACCUUCUCGCAUCUGCACGAAUUGGAAUAUAUAAUCUUCGUCAUCGGGUUUCUUCUUUUGUAGAGCCAUUUAAUCAUAGGGAAGAAGCUGAAAUGCAAAAGUUUGUUUUCACCCCUGUGGAGACUUCAUGUGGUAGACUUUGCGUUUCUGUUUUGUACCGUUCAUCAGUCUCAGAUGUAAGUUCAGAACCAUCAACCCCCUUGUCUCCACAAUUUAUUCCAGAUUAUGUUGGCAGCCCAUUGGCUGAUCCCCUCAGGAGGUUUUCAUCUGGUCCACUGCCUCAGGAGUCCCCAUCUUUAGUGUCAGCUGGGAGGCGCCACAGCUGGAGCUAUGAUAUAUCAAGAGCAUCACCGCCCUCUGGAAUUCCUUCACCUUCACCCACUUAUUCAGAGUCUCAUGCAUCAUUGUCUAAGUCACGCUCUCAUUGCCACCCACCUGCCACUUUACCUCGUCAGCAGUCUGUUGAAAUGGUUCAAGAACAUGUGAAAAAUGUUAACUAUGACGAAUAUUCGCCCUCUCCUAUUUUUUCUCCAUCUCCAUCUCCAUCUCCAUCUCCAUCACCGCCUGCUCCCAUCCAUGGUGCUCAAAUAUCAAAGGCACUUUUGCGCUCUGAAAGUGCCCCAGUCAGUAUCCCUGAAUCUAGGCCAUCUGGGAUUCUGCUAUUGUUUAACAAUCAAAUGCUUCCUCCUUCUCCUUUGAAAUGUAGUGUUGCCAAAAGAGAUGUACGUUCCGGGCUUUCCCAGACCAAGUCAGCAGUUGAUAAGUUACUACCAUCAGGGAAAAAUGAAUCGGGAAAGGUGUCUGUUGUGAAGCCAUUGCCAAAUAUCUCUCCUCCAAAGUCAUACUCUAGAAGCUCCAGCAGUUUUCAGGAUGAUUAUGAUGAUUCAGACUUUUCUGGUCCAUUUGUUGUAGAUGAGGAUGAAGGUGACUCAGCUAGCAGGGCUGGUUCCUUUGAUCAAGUUGGAAACCCUUGGGGACAGAAUGACCAAAUAGGACUUUCGACUGUUAAGAAAUCUCAAGAUGCUGCCGUAGGUGCUCUUGUUUGUAUGCUGAAGAAAGCCCCACCUCUUCGCCAAGAUUUGCAUGAUUCGACUAAGUUGUUGCCUGGAUCCAAAGCUGAAAGAGGUAACUCCAAUGUCGAUACUGAUCAGAUCACCGGACAAGAAAGGAUGCAACAGUCUGCUGCUGUGAGUGGUGCAUCUUCUGGAUUCUUUCCUCCCAAAACAACUGCUGAUGCGCUCGAAGAGCUGCGUGGUUACAGAGAAAUAAAAAAGUCUUUGCUGAAGCAAGAUGAAAAUCCACCAGCAUAGCAAGAGUGAUCUGUUCUGCUUAAGUGGGAGAUGUGAUGAUGAUAAUGAUGAUAACAUGUGUAUAGGGUGAAGAUUUGUACAGUACAUGUUACUCGUCUGUUUUUUACUGCCUCGCAACUUGAGUUAUGAGCGGAUUCGUAUGAUCCUAUCCUGAUUCCUGCCUGAUAAAAUCCAAUUCCAUGGUUUCUCCUUAUUCCCAGUGUUCAUUUCCAAACCUCAUCAGCAGCAAUGAGCUUUCAAAUGUAACUAUCCAUCUUCUUAUUUGUUGUACGUGGAAUUGGCCUUGAAUAUCAAUGGACCUGUUUCCGGUAGGGCGUUAACCAAAAACAUCAGCAAAAAUAAACCGAAUCCGAAAGAUAGCCCUACUUAACAGUAGCUAAUUUUUUAUUUCAUUUAGGAAGGAAUGACUCGAAAUAUAUGACAUUCCUCUGAAAAACUAGUUUUUUUUUUAUUAUUUUUAAAUAAAAUUUUUCAUUCCAUCUAGGAAGGAAUGACACGGAUAUAUGACAUUCCUUUGGAGGCCAGAGUGAAAUUUAGCCUAUCUUUGUAGGUCUACAUUCUACAGAUCAAAAUUUUGAACCAAAUGACUCUUAAUCCACCAAUAUUACCAUGUACUACAACUACACAUCUCUAGUUAGACUCUCCUAAUUGAGCCCUUCAACUCAUGUGAGACCACCACACCCUCCACCCCC